AUCAGAGAGUCAAGAGCCAAAGGCGCGAAUGCUUUGAAUACCUCAAACAGGACGUGACGUCAAAUCUCGCAAAAGAAAAAAGAAAAACCCCUAGAAGAUUCGUGUUAUUUCCGGACGCUUCGUUGCAUGUCACAUCAGCUCGACACAGCGUCCCACAGGCAUAGAUUAGUGGACCAAAAAGUUAAAACACAAGCAAUUGAAGUUGGUUGCCAUGGAUGACGACUAUUAUGUGACUUUAGGGGUGCAGCGAAAUGCAUCUCCAGAUGACAUCAAAAAAGCUUACAGGAAACUAGCUCUCAAGUGGCAUCCAGAUAAGAAUCCAGAUAACAAGGAAGAGGCAGAAAAGAAGUUUAAACAGCUUUCAGAAGCUUAUGAAGUCCUGUCAGAUGCUAACAAAAGGAACUUAUACGAUCGAUAUGGAAAAGAAGGCUUAACUCCAGGUGGAGGAGGAGGAAGAGGACACUUUAAUAAUGACCACUUUGGAGGAUUCACAUUCCGCAAUCCAGAGGAUGUCUUCAGGGAAUUCUUUGGUGGACAAGAUCCAUUUGCAGACUUCUUUGGUGGAGAUCCAUUUGGUAAUGACUUCUUUGGUGGCGGUCGGCGGCACCACCACCACCACCACCACCAGCGGGGCAUGAGCAGGAGCCGGACAGGAGGGUCCUUCUUUGGGGGCUUUGGGGGAUUCCCACCUUUCGGGGCAGGAUUUUCAUCUUUUGAUGCAGGUUUCUCCCCAUUUGGGCAUAUGGGAGGAGGUGGAUUUACUUCUUUCUCUUCGACUUCAUUUGGUGGAGGUGGAGGGGGAGGGGGAGGGGGAGGUGGUGGUGGCGGAGGCGGAGGCGGUGGCGGUGGCGGAGGCAUGGGCAGCUUCCGCUCUGUGUCAACCUCCACUAAAUUCAUCAAUGGCAGGAAAAUUACUACAAAAAGAAUCAUUGAGAAUGGACAGGAACGUGUAGAAGUGGAAGAAGAUGGACAGUUAAAAUCUCUAACCAUAAAUGGUAAGGAACAACUGCUGCGAUUGGAACACAAGUAAGAUAAUGGAGCCCUUUCAGCACAAACUUGAGCUCAAACAAUGUUAGUACUGUCGUUCAGAUGUCUGUACAUUCCGUUUUUUUUGCUUGUUUGUUGUGUUUUACUUUUCCCUUUUCCAUUUUUUAGACUGUUGUUUCUGAACAAUUUUUUGUUUAUAUAUUUAUAAAUGGGGACUGUCACUAUUUUGCGCAGGAUACGUGUAAUUUUACUUGUAUUUCGGAACAUAAUGUGAGAUUAGUUUUUUCUUCCCGCGAGCACUUUGUGUUGCAGUGUCCUCAUGAAUGCACAUUGCAUUUUGAAUAGUGCUUUGGGCUGAAAGGAGAAAAAGGAUUGUGCAUUGUGCAUGACUUUACCAACUGUGUGGAGUGUGGAAUUGGAGUACGUAACUUGCUGUUCAAACCUUGUGGCAACUUGUCUAAUUCAUUUGUUAAACAUAUUUGUAAAUGCUGGUAGAGUGCUAGAUUCAUUGUACUGAUAUGCAAUUUUUAUUAUUUUUAAUUAAUGAAAAUGUUUUUUUUUCCCCUCAUUGUUGCAUGUGAGACAACAAAUGUUGUUUAUAGUUGUUAUGUUAUUACUUAAUGACCUGAUGAGAAUCGGAGUUAAUAAUAUAACUGAUUUAUGACCAUUCAAGUAACUUUGUGUACUUUGUAAAAUAAUUUGAACCUAAAUAAAUGAGUUUCAUCCUUUUUGGGGAUGUGGCA